CACACACACACACACACACACACACUCGCUUACUCUCUCUCUCUCUCUUUUAACAUCAUGUCUAAUCAAGCUAAAGCAAGACGCAUUGCUGUACUGGGAACCAGAGCUGUUGGCAAGUCGUCACUUGUUAUUCAGUUUUGUGAGAACCAUUUUGUCGACAGUUAUUAUCCUACCAUUGAAAAUACGUUUACCAAGACUAUUAAAUACAGAGGAUUAGAAUACAAGGUUGAAAUCAUGGAUACAGCUGGUCAGGACGAGUACUCUAUAUUAUCAUCACACCACGCUUCCAGUAUGAACGGAUACGUAUUAGUGUACUCUAUUUCAUCCAAAUCUAGUUUUGAUAUGAUCAAGAUUAUUAGAGAUAAAAUUUUAGAUUUUACUGGAUUAGAGACUGUUCCUUGUGUCAUUGUUGGUAACAAAUCUGAUUUAAAUAUUCAACGACAAGUGACAACACAAGAAGGGUUAGAUUUAGCUCAGAGUUGGAAUUGUCCCUUUGUUGAAACCUCUGCAAAGCACGACGAAAACGUCUCCAAAAUAUUUGAUUCAUUAAUCGCUACCAUUGAAAAGGCUAAUAAUCCUCCACCUGAAGAAAAGGGUGGUUGUGUUUCCAUGUAGUCUUUUUUUUAUGAAAAAAAAAAAAAUAAUAAAAUUGUAAACAAUGCCGCUUUAAAAA